CGCGCUUGCCGUAGUUGUUUAGAACAUGUGGAUGAAUCUGAAGUCUGCUGCGCUGUGAGUGAAAUCAGCGAGAAACUGGUAGUUUCAAACUACACCUAAAAAGCCGGAGUUACAUCCAUAACACCUGUGUGCAUCGGUGAGCUCCACAUGGCAGGUCAGGCUCCGCCGGUGGCCCGGGCCGCGGUGCUGAAGGAGAGCGCGCCUCUGCCGGAUCAUCUGCCGCAGAUCAGAGGAUACGACUUUAACCAGGGCCUGAACCACAGAGCGCUGCUGCAGUCCUUCAUCACCACCGGCUUCCAGGCCUCCAGCUUCGGCCUGGCAGUGCAGGAGAUCAAUAAGAUGAUAGAGAAGAGGCUGGAGCUGGUGCAGGAGGAGUGUGAGGACAGUGACUCUCGUCAGUCUACUUCAGGAUGCACUAUAUUCCUGGGCUACACAUCAAACCUGAUUAGCUCCGGUGUGCGAGAGAGCAUUCGAUACCUCACACAGCACAAGAUGGUUGAUGUGAUCGUGACCACAGCAGGAGGGAUUGAAGAAGACCUUAUUAAAUGUUUAGCGCCAACUUUCCUUGGAGAGUUCAGUCUGAAAGGAAAAGAGCUGCGGCAGCAAGGCAUUAAUAGAAUAGGUAAUCUCCUGGUGCCGAAUGAAAAUUACUGUAAAUUCGAAGACUGGCUGAUGCCGAUUCUGGACCAAAUGGUGCUGGAACAAAAAACAGAGGGCACACACUGGACACCAUCCAAAAUGAUCCACAGACUGGGCAAAGAAAUCAACAACCCUGACUCUGUCUACUACUGGGCCUACAAGAACGACAUCCCAGUGUUUAGUCCUGCCCUCACUGACGGCUCAUUAGGCGACAUGAUCUACUUCCACUCCUACAAGAACCCUGGACUAGUGCUGGACAUUGUGGAGGAUAUCCGUAGGCUGAACAGUAAGGCGGUGUUCGCCAAGAGCACAGGGAUGAUUAUUCUCGGAGGAGGACUGGUCAAACACCACAUCGCUAAUGCUAAUCUCAUGAGGAACGGGGCAGAUUUCGCAGUGUUUGUUAACACUGGGCAGGAGUUUGAUGGCUCGGAUUCUGGCGCUCGACCUGAUGAAGCCGUUUCUUGGGGAAAGAUCCGCAUGGACGCCUCACCAGUAAAGGUCUAUGCCGAUGCUUCAUUAGUUUUUCCACUGCUAGUCGCUGAAACGUUUGCACACAAUGCCAGCAGGCUGAUCCAGGAAAAGAAGAGCGACUGAUGGUCAUUUUACCCUCGUGAAAACAUCUAAAGCUCAUAAUUCUCUUCCUGUUUCAUUGCCUUCCAGCGCAGAAGAUGUGAAUGCUCUAUUUAAAGUCAAACCGUCAUAUAUAACUAUCCAUUUAAAGAAGCACAGCAUAUUUUUAGCCAUAAUUACAGUUGCAUUCAGUAGUUUUUAUUUGACUGGAAAUUCCCUUUAUGUUCAUUAGGUUUUAUAUUUAAUUGUACAUCUUAUUCAGAAGGUACAAUGUUUGGUUUUAUUGUAUUGUAUUGUUUUAUGUCAUCCCUCACAGUCGCACACAGCAUCUUAUCUGAAUGUUUAUGCUCUCUCUCAGAUAAAAUAUUUCAGAUCAAAUACAUAAUUGUCACAGAGUUGAUUUAUUCCGUAACCUACAUUAUUAAUAUAUGCAUGGAUCUUUGGGGUGGCUAACGAUGCAUAAUAAACAACAAUGCAUAAUAGAAUUUAUUUAUGUUCAUGAUUUAUAAUAAUCCCAAUUUUUUUAAGCAAUCAUAUGUGUGAUUCUGAACCAGAAAACCAAGCCUUAAGGGUACAUUUCCGGAAAUUGAUGUUUAACAUAAUUUGAAGGCUUUACAAAUGGGCUUUCCAUGACUGUAUGGUUUGUUUGAAUUUGAUAAUUUAAACAUAAUAAUUCAGAGAUACUAUAUUCAAACCUACUAUAUGUAAAAAUACUGUGAAUGUUGAGUAAAUAGCCCUAAAACUUGUCUAAAAGAAGUGCUUAAUGCACAUUGCUAAUCAAAAAUUAAGUUUGAAUGUAUUUACAAUCGGAAAUGUUUAAAUAUAUUCAUGGGACAUACAGUAAGGCAAAUGAAGACGACUUGUUUAGGUGUUGCGGUUUUUGGUUUAAUCUUGAUUGUGCAAAAAUGUUCAGUUUAUUUGUAUAGCACUUAUAUAUACAAUAUAUAAUGACUUUUGACAAAAUAUUGUGUAUAUACGCUAACCGGCCACUUUAUUAGGUACACCUUACUAGUAUUUGGUUGGACUCACUUUUGUCUUCAGAGCUGCCUUAAUUCUUCGUGGCACAGAUUUAGCAAGGUUGAAUAGAUCCGUCCCCCUCAUUUUUAGAGACAGACCAUUUAAAAACAGUUGAUUAAUUAUUAUAUGAACGUAAAGGGUCAGGGUCACACAUUUUAAAAUAUAAUUCAGUUAAUAAUACUAAGUAUAGUUGAUUUAAGAACAAAUUCAGAUUUUUUUUUAAAGAAAGGUA